GCGAGCUGGGGGCCGGAAGGGAGCUCUGGAUUUCGGUCCCUCCCCUUUUCCCUUCUGUGUCUUGGAGCACCGGGGCCCUCAGACCCUCUUGCUGUCAGGUACCAGCCUGGAGGAGAGAGUCUCUCUCCUCCAAGCCCUCCACCAUGGGUAAUGCCUCCCAUGACUCCGAGCGGAUGGAGGACUGCCAGAGUAGACAGUGGCUCCUCCCGGAGGACAGCCCAGCCAUCAGCUCGGUGAUGUUCUCGGCCGGGGUUCUGGGGAACCUUAUUGCGCUGGCGCUGCUGGCACGCCGUUGGCGCGGGGACACAGGGUGCAGUGCCGGCAGCAGGACCUCUAUCUCCUUGUUCCACGUGCUGGUGACAGAGCUGGUGCUCACUGACCUGCUGGGGACCUGUCUCAUCAGUCCGGUGGUCCUGGCUUCCUAUGCGCGGAACCAGACACUGGUGGCCCUGGCUCCCGAGAGCCGCGUGUGCACCUAUUUCGCCUUCACAAUGACUUUCUUCAGUCUUGCCACGAUGCUCAUGCUUUUCGCGAUGGCCCUGGAGCGCUACGUCUCCAUCGGACACCCUUACUUCUACCGGCGCCGCUUCUCGCGUCGCGGGGGCCUGGCGGUGCUGCCAGUCAUCUAUGCGGUCUCUUUGCUCUUCUGUUCCCUGCCGCUGCUCAACUACGGGGAGUACGUCCAGUACUGUCCCGGGACAUGGUGCUUUAUCCGGCACGGGGGGACUGCAUACCUGCAGCUCUAUGCCACGGUGCUGCUGCUGCUCAUCUUGGCGGUGCUCGCCUGCAACUUCAGCGUCAUCCUUAACCUCAUCCGCAUGCACCGUCGGGCCAGAAGAAGCCGCUGUGGAUCAUCCGGCGGUGGCCUGGGUGGCCCUGGGUCGCGCAGGAGAGGAGAAAGGACUUCAAUGGCGGAGGAGACUGACCAUCUCAUUCUCCUGGCCAUUAUGACCAUCACCUUCGCCAUCUGCUCCUUGCCUUUCACAAUCUUUGCUUAUGUGAGUGAAACCUCUUCCCGAAAGGAAAACUUGGACCUCCAAGCUCUUAGAUUUUUAUCAGUUAACUCUAUAAUUGACCCUUGGGUCUUUGCCAUCCUUAGGCCACCGGUCCUGAGACUAAUGCGUUCAGUCCUCUGUUGCCGGACUUCAUUGAGAACACAAGAGGUUUCACGGACUUCCUGUCCUACCCUGUCCAGUGCCACUAAACAGACUGACCUUUGUGGGCAGUUAUGAGGAUGCACCACAAGGGAGCCUCUGCAAAGGCCUUUAACAGCCUCCUUGGAGAAACGUGAAGAGCUGGCGUAGAAACAAAAUGAAACUGCAAGGCCCUUCGUGGAAGAUCUCAGAAGGCUGUCUACAGCUAUGUGACCUUUGUAGGACAACCAGCUGCGUCUAAGACCCAGUUGAUUUAAGCUUUCCUGCUGAAUAACCAAGCAUGUGGUUUUGUAAUUUGUUUAAAACUCUACGUGGUUACUGUCUCCUGUUUUAAAUUUUGAUGCCACUGUUGUUAUAAAUGCAGUGUACAGUCAGGCCAAACGAAACUCAUUCUCUAGGAAGUCAGUUCGUGCAAGCGAUGAAGCAAUCGAGACAGACAAGUUGCUGUCUUGUGAUUGCUUAAUGGACUCUAUUUGGACCAUGAACUUGAAAGUCAUUAGUCCCUUUAACUGUAACGUUGUAAUUUUGUGCCUGUGGGAGUCCUCUCCAAUCAGGACUGUGCCACCCUGAGAAGUCUGCACUGAUGUGGUUAAGGCCGGUUUGGUUCACCCUUCCCCUAGGAGCCUUGUCCUGGUAUCAAGUUAUUUAUUCUGUGUUGUCUAUUGUGAUGAUGCUACUGAAGAA